GUCCAGAUCUAGCUGUGCACACACGCGCGCGCCCACCCACACACACUUGUAACUCUGAGCUCUCAAGCAAGCGCACACAACCACCAUGGCGGAGGCUGUUGUGGGAGUGCUGAUCGGCAAGCUCGGCGCGGCCUUGGCGAACGGGGCAGCAACCUACGGUUCAUCGCUGCUCUCCAAGGAAUCUUCUGCCCUCAACGGUCUCUUUGGCCAGAUCCGCAAAGCCGAGGGGGAGUUGGGGAUCAUGAAGGCCUACUUGCGCGACUCAGAAAAGUUCAAGGAUACCGACGAGACCACUGGCAUCUUCAUCAAGAAAAUUCGAGAUCUAGCUUUCCGGAUCGAGGAUGUUGUCGACGAGUUCACCUUCAAGCUCGAGGACGACAAGCAUGGAGGAUUUACAGCCAAGAUGAUGAAGAGGAUCAAGCAUGUCAAGAUUUGGCGUCGUCUAGCUCACGAGCUCAGUGAUAUCAAUGCUGAGCUAGAAGAUGUUGCAAAAAAGAGGGGCCUUUAUGCCAUGCCAGUAAUGGAGAGAUAUGCUGGAGGUUCCAAUGGCCACAAUGCUACAAAUACCUCAAACUUUUUAUUUUGCGCAGGUAAAAGGUUUAUCUUGGUUCUGGAUGAUGUUUGGGAAAAGGAUGUGUGGAUUAAUAUCAAGGAUGUCUUUCCGAGUCCGAGCAAAUGUAUCGGCCGAGUGGUUCUCACAUCAAGAAAAUAUGAAGUCGCAUCAUUGGCAACUAGUAACUGUGUAAUUGAGCUGCAACAGAUGGGAGAAAAUCAUUCUUGGAAGUUAUUUUGUAAUCUAGCGUUUUGGAAUAAUGAUGACAAAAGGUGCCCCCCAGAGUUACAAGAUUUGGCCGCAAAGUUCUUACAAAAAUGUGAAGGCUUGCCUCUUGCUAUUGCAUGCAUAGGCCGCUUACUUUCUUGCAAACCCCCAAGUUACUCUGAAUGGAAAAAUGUGUAUGAGGAGUUAGAGUUGCACUCAGCUAAAAAUGUGAUCCCUGGUGUUGAUAUCAUUCUAAAAGUCAGCUUGGAGGACCUUCCAUAUGAAUUGAAGAAUUGCUUCUUACAUUGUGCAAUGUUUCCAGAGGAUUAUGGAAUGAAGAGGAGAUUAAUAAAGCACUGGAUUACUGCUGGAUUUAUCAAGGGAGAAGAGAACAAAACACUGGAAGAAGUGGCAGAGGGCUGCUUGAAUGGGCUUGUAAAUCGAAGCCUACUACAAGUUGUGCAGAAGAAUGAGUUUGGACGAGUGAAAUGUUGCCGAAUGCAUGAUGUCAUCCGCCAUCUUGCCCUCGACAAAGCAGAGAAAGAAUGCUUUGGUAAAGUGUACGAUGGCUCUAGGACAUUUUCAGCAGACGGCACACGUCGACUGUCAAUCCAGAGCACUAAUAUUGUACCUCUGAGUCAAUCUGGUGCAACACGUCUCCGUGCAAUCCAUGCAUUUACAUCCUAUGUUGAUAUUGAUUUGCUGAGGCCUAUCCUUGCACGUUCAAAUUUCCUGUCAACAUUGGAUCUGCAAGGUACUCGAAUCAAGAUAUUGCCUAAAGAGGUAUUCAAUUUGUUUAACCUACGGUUUUUGGGUCUUAGAUAUACUGGAAUUGAGAUUCUACCUGAGGCAAUAGGGAGAUUAAGAAAUUUAGAAGUACUUGAUGCAUUCGAUACUGCUCUGGUACCUUUACCAAAAAGUGUAGCAAAACUAAAGAAUCUUAGGUUCUUGUACGCGUGUUCUCUGGUCAAACAUGGAGCUUAUCAACAAUUUGGUGGAGUUAUGGUGCCUAGGGGCAUAAGGAACUUGACCGGACUGCAUGCUCUGCAAGACAUUAAAGCAACCGUAGAGACUCUCUUUGAUGUUGCAGCUUUGAAGGAGUUAAGAACAUUUUCUGUUAGCGACGUGACAAGUGAGCACUCUUUAAACUUGUGCAGUGCUAUCAUGAACAUGAGCCAUCUUGUCCAUCUGUCAAUUACUGCAUCAAACGAAAAUGAAGUAUUACCACUGGAAGCACUCCGUUUACCAGGAACUCUUUAUAAACUUGGACUUACAGGGCAGCUGGAAAAGAAAGGGAUGCCUCAGAUUGUCUCAUCCUGGUCGCAUCAUAACAACUUAACUCGAUUGUAUCUGAAAUUCUCCAAACUUGACGAAGACUCAUUUUCUAGCCUCGUGGUGUUACGCGGAUUAUGCAAUCUUACCAUUGUUAAGGCUUAUGAUGGGAAGAAAUUGUACUUCUCUGCACUGUCGUUUCCUAAACUCCGACAACUAAGAAUAUGGGGUGCUUCGCAGCUUAACCAAGUCGAAAUAGAAGAAGGUGCACUAGGAAGCCUUGUUGAGCUAGUGUUUAAUGACUGCCCAGAAUUGAAGCGUCUCCCUCGUGGCAUUGAGUACCUUACAGGCCUUGAGAAAUUAUAUUUGAUAGACACUGGAGAGGAGCUCAUUGAGAAGCUUACGCGUGAGAGUGAAGCAAUUGAAUUCAAUGAAGAGCGUAUGAAGAUUAGCCACAUUAGAUGGGUUAUUGUUGAAUACAUUGAGAAAAACAUACGGGAAACAAUUAGCCGAGAGAAGGCAUAGACGCUGGUAUUCCCAGAGUUGUUGAUACAUGCCCUGUUGCUUCUUUGUCACAAUUUUUCUUCGAUGUCGAUAUCCAAAGCAUGGGUAUUAAUAACUCCAAAUAUGAGUGCUUUUGUCUCCCAUUUUCCCUUCUCAUGUUGAUUAAUCUUUAGCAUCUGCUCAUAUUCAUCCAUCGUUGAUUACGCCUUCCUUUGAGAUUAAAUUAA